UAUUGGAAGGCAGAAGACUCUAUUCUUCAAUCCAUAUUGAUCAAUAGUAUGGAACCUCAAAUUGGCAAGCCGUUAUUGUUUGCUGCAACAGCCAAGGAUAUUUGGGACACAGCUCAGACACUUUACUCAAAACGUCAGAAUGCCUCUCGUAUAUACACGCUGAGAAAGCAAGUUCAUGAAUGCAAGCAAGGAACUAUGGAUGUCACAUCCUUUUUCAAUAAGCUUUCUCUUAUAUGGCAAGAAAUGGACCUAUGCAGAGAACUAGUCUGGCGUGAUCCCACUGAUGGUGUACAGUACUCGAGAAUUGAAGAGAAUGACAGGAUUUAUGACUUUCUUGCUGGUCUUAAUCCUAAGUUUGAUGUAGUUCGAGGGCGUAUACUAGGUCAAAGACCGAUUCCCUCCCUGAUGGAAGUUUGCUCUGAAAUCCGCCUCGAGGAAGAUCGCACAAGUGCUAUGUAUAUUUCCGCAACCCCUACUAUUGACUCUGCUGCUUUUAGUGCAAGAUCUUCUAACAGUAGCAGUGACAAGCAUAAUGGAAAACCAAUUCCUGUCUGCGAUCAUUGCAAAAAAAAUGGCAUACCAAAGAACAAUGUUGGAAGUUACAUGGUCGUCCCCCAGGAAGUAAGAAACGCCCUUCCAACGACAAACAGAACACAGGGCGGGCGUAUGUGAGUGCCAUUGUCCAAUCAGGUAUACCUCAUUCCUUCGGUCUUGUUAGUAUUGAUGGGAAGAACCCCUGGAUUCUGGAUUCUGGUGCCACAGAUCAUUUGACUGGGUCCUCUGAACAUUUUGUAUCUUACAUUCCUUUUGCUGGGAACGAGACAAUUAGAA